AUGGGAAAAGCUUUAGAAGAGCUUUUUCUGAGUUUUCGCGUUUUUGUCAAUAAAGAGCGUGUCCUUAUUUACGCACAAAAUCAACACUUGUUUGAAAAUUUUCUCAAAAGUCCAAACAACCACCACGAUUCUUCACCGUGUAUUGCUCCCACCUCUGACUUUGCUUUUCCCAUCGAAAUGAACUUCCUCAGCAAGACAUUGAGUACAUUUACUGGCUCAUCAAUACCAUAUACAUUCAAAGAAAAAAUUGUUGACCCAGUAACACCUACCUCCACAUCGCAACUUGAAACUAAUCAAAAUUCAAUUUGGACUUUAUAUGAUGGUAUCAACCCCAAGAACUCGUCGAAAAUAUCGAUAUUUGAGUUUAAUAUUCAUGAACCCAAGACUCAACGAUAUGAACUACUAGCUCGGAAUGCUUUCAAGAAAUUAAAAUUGAUCAAAUUCCCAGGCAUUAUUACCAUAUUUGACUUUAUCGAAAAUGAUUCAAACUUGUACAUAAUCACAGAAAGAGUUGUGCCAUUGUCAAAUUACUUGGAAGUGAACAACUUGAGUAAUGAUGCAUUAGUUGCUGGUCUCUACUCGAUUGAGAAAUCAUUGAAAUUCAUUAAUGAGGAAUGUAAUUCAGUCUAUGGUGGAUUAAAUUUUUACAAUUCAGUGUUUGUUACUCGACUGGGGGAAUGGAAAUUGAUGGGUUUUGAAGUCGUUACUAAUUUGAACUCGGACCCCGAUCAACCAAUUUAUCGCUUGAGCCAAAAUUUGCCUCAUCUCCAACAGCAAGAUCUUGAUCAUGAAUUUAUUAGACAAAACCCCAAGAAGUUGGAUGGGUAUAAAUUGGCAUGCUUUGUGUAUUCUGUGUUUGGCAGGAAGGAUGUUGUUGACACUAAUGUGAAAUUGCCUGUGAAAUUAGUUGGUCCUGUCAAAAGAUUAUAUGCCAAAAGAUCCACCAUUGCUAAUUUCAUAAAGGAGUUGGAAUCUUUUCACAAUCAGAACAAAGUAAUUCAAUUUGAUCAUCUGUUGCACGAGUUGCAGUUUAAGAAUGAUGGCGAGAAAAUUGCCUUUUUCAAGUAUGAGUUGCCACAAUAUAUUGAUGAUGAUGAUAUAUAUCCUCCAGGAAUGUUGAAUUACAAAUUGCUACCUGAAUUGAUACGCCAAUAUAAACAAUUGCUGAAAAGCAGUGGUAAUGCAGUCGCCACCCCUGGUACUACUACUACAACAACAACAACAACAACGACUUCUAAUUCCAAUGUCCUUGAUCCAGUAGCGAAACAAGAGACAUUAACUGCUAUUCUCAAUCUAAUUAUCAAAUUUGGUACUAAAUUGAACUCCGAAGAAUUCAACAAACAAAUCAAACCGAUAAUUUUUGAAAGUUUUGGUCUAGCUGAUCGAUCAGUGCGAUUGGUGUUGUUGACUCAUUUGCCUGAGUAUCAAGAUUUUUUCCAAGAUUCUGAGAUUCAAUCAAAGAUAUUCAGUCCUUUAAUCACUGGAUUCCAAGAUACAAAUUUCUUGAUUAGAGAAACGACAUUGAAAUCAAUCACAAUCAUUAUUGAUAAAAUUUCCAUCAAGCAAGUUAAUCAGGAACUACUACGUAUUUUGGCAAAGUCACAAAUGGACCCUAAACCGUCAAUAAGAGUAAACACGUUAAUUUUAAUCAUUAAAAUCUCAUCCAAGAUAUAUACAAAUUCCAAAAAUAGCGUCCUCAUCACAGCAUUGUCGAAAUCAUUACGCGAUUCAUUUGUCCCAUGCAAAAUCACUGCCUUGAAUGGAUUCAAGUCAUUGAUUGAUGAGUUUUCCUUGGAAGAGAUAUGUUCAAAGAUAUUGGGACAUUUGGCGAUAUCGCUUAUGGAUAAGAAAUCGGCAAGAGUACGCAAAGAAGCUAAGGAAGUAUUUGAUCUUUACUUGAAUUCAGUUGAAGCUCAUGCGAAAGAGUUGCCUGAUGUUGAGCCCGAUGAGGAUGAAGAAGAACGUGAAUUUUACAAACGAUAUGCGCCAAAACCACAACCAGUAGAUGAGGAAGUAACCAACUCUACAACUAAUGCGUCAAUUUCAGAUUCACAUACAGGCAAUGAUGGUGGAUACUUUGGAUGGGGUGUGGUCAACAAACUCGCUUCUUUUGGUGGUGGUGGCGCUAGUACCGCUGGUGGUCAGUUAAACAAGGAUUUCAAUCAAUCGACGCCGGAUAUUACUCGUAUUGGUACCCCUACACAACAACAAUUGCCUAUAUUGGAAACUCCUAUCAACACAGGUGAAACUAAGAAUAACAACGACGACGGCGAGAGUCAAGGGUGGGACGACAAUGAAUUCAAUGAUGAUUGGCUUGCCAAUGAUGAGGCAACAAUUCAAAUGCCACUAGUUGAGCCGGUUCGCAAACUUAAUCUUGGUAAAUUAACAGAUAGCACACAUACGUCAACUCGAGGCACCAGACCAGUGAGAAAACUACCAGGUGGUGCUAAACAAAAACCGACAUCCUUGAGAUUGGGACAUGGUGGGAAGGCCAAUACGAACAAACCCAAACCAACAUUGAAUUUAAAUUUGGCUGUUGAUACAGGCGAUGAUGAAGAAGAAGAUGGAUGGGGUGAUGGCUGGUUAUGA